UCUUCCUCCUGUGGCUCGUCAGUCAUUGAGAGGGACCUCCAGCGGCAGGAUUCGCAAAGCAACUUCCAGCAAACCAAAGCCCAGUCUUCCUCGCUCCAUUCUCUCUCAUCGCCGGUCAAACCAUCAAAACCGCCAACAUCCUCCUCGUCAAAACAGCAAAAAUGCGCUUUUACACCAUCCUCGCCGCCGUCCUCGCCUCGGCCGCCCCGGCCGUCUUCGCCACGCCAGUCGCCCAGGGGGAGCAGCCGCCCACGCCCGUGAAGCAGCUCCAGGCCAGGCAGAGCGGCGGGCCCUGCAGCAGCCCGGGCACCUUUACGUGCCAAGGCCGCGCGGUCAUGGUCUGCAAUUCAAGCCGGACGUGGCAGCUGAGCGCCCUCUGCGGCGGCAACGGGUGCUGCCGCGUGUCGGGCGCUUCGGCUUUUUGCAAUUGCUAGAAGAAGGCAGGGGGAUGUCCACCACUCGAGGAACCAGCCACAGCACACUCGACAAGCACACUCUGGCACAAAAGAAGGGGUCAAGUCCCGAGGAGAUCGGUGCUUGGCAACGGGGAGGGCAGCAGCCAACGGGUGCGCCGUACAUUACCGAGCACCUGCCUUCGGGCCUGUAAGCUCCGUAGGGGAUACCGAGGCUACAUGACAGGGGCCCAGACCUUGAACUAAAAGGCAGGGAGCCGGAGGCUCCCUGCAUCUAUAGAUACUCCUCAGGGUUAGAUUUCCUACCAAAUAGCACCUGCUCGCUAUCACCGAUCCCUUUAACUCUUUGCAACACACUUGACAAGCACAAUCGACAAGCACCCUUGAUCCAUUCGUCAUACCGGUUCGUAGUAAAGGGAAGAGGAUACUGCCAAGCUCUCGGUCAAAUGAUGG